UAUGGAUUUUACUUCAACUGAUUCUCUUGAUACCAAUUGGUGGGUGUUUACACUCCCAGCAAUUGUUGAAACUCAGAAUUUGUUUAAUAGUUGGCUUUUGAUUUCUGUUUUUAUUGCAUUUCUGUGUGUUUGUCUCUUGACAUGGGUUGUUCCCACUGGAGGUUUCGCCUGGAAAAAUGGGAGAAACCAAGUGGGUUCAGUUCCCAUUUUCGGACCCAGUGGCCUGCCUUUGUUUGGCUGUUUGUUCAGUUUGAGCCGCGGGUUGGCUCACCGUACUCUGGCUUCCAUGGCUUAUAGCUUCGGUGCUGAACAACUCAUGGCUCUGAGCCUGGGUUCUACUCCUGUUGUUGUCACUUCUGAUCCAAUUAUCGCCCGUGAAAUCUUAACCUCUUCUCACUUUUCCAACCGUCCUGUCAAACAAUCCGCUAAAAGCCUCAUGUUCAGUCGUGCCAUUGGGUUUGCGCCGAACGGCUCUUACUGGCGGCUCCUCAGAAGAAUCGCUUCGUCUCACUUGUUCGCUCCAAAGCGCAUUGCGGCGCAUGAAGCCGGACGCCAGAUGGACUGCAUAUCCAUGCUGCACGCCGUAGCUGAAGAACAAUCUCUUAAUGGGGUUGUUUAUUUGCGCAAACAUUUACAAGCUACGGCUCUCAACAACAUAAUGGGCACUGUGUUUGGUAAACGUUACGAUACGGGGGGUUUCAGUGAGGAGGUUAAAGAGUUGCAUGAGAUUGUUAGAGAAGGGUUUGAAAUCUUGGGUGCGUUUAACUGGUCUGAUUACUUGCCGUGGCUGAAAUACUUCUACGAUCCUUAUCGUAUCAAUAAACGUUGUUCGGUUCUUGUUCCUCGUAUAAGAAAACUCGUAAAACAAAUCAUCAAAGAACACCAACUCAGAGACCAAAGGAACCUCCUUGAUAAUUCUGAUUUCGUUGACGUUUUGCUCUCUAUGGAUGAAGACGAGAAGCUGGAUGAGGAAGAUAUGAUCGCUGUGUUAUGGGAAAUGAUCUUUCGUGGAACUGAUACAACAGCAAUUUUAACUGAGUGGCUCCUGGCGGAGCUGAUUUUGAACCCUGAUAUUCAAGCCAAAGUUCACCAAGAGCUUGAUCUCAUCACCGGAAACAAAAUCGAUAUAACAGAUGCUGACGUGGCGAAGUUAACAUAUCUUCAAGCUGUGAUCAAGGAAACCCUACGAGUCCACCCACCAGGGCCCCUCCUAUCAUGGGCUCGUCUCUCCACGUCAGACGUCCAACUCAGUAACGGUAUGGUUGUUCCUGCUAAAACAACCGCCAUGGUCAACAUGUGGGCCAUAACUCAUGAUCCAACUGUCUGGGAAGAGCCAUUCGUCUUUAAGCCAGAGAGGUAUUUGAAAAGUGAAGGUGGCGUUGACGUGGACGUGAGAGGCGUUGACCUGAGACUCGCACCGUUCGGUGCUGGCCGUAGGGUUUGUCCUGGGAAGAACCUGGGGCUCGUCACGGUGAGCCUCUGGGUGGCGAAGUUGUUGCACCGAUUUGAAUGGGUUCAAGACAAGGCUAAUCCAGUUGACCUGAAUGAGGUGCUUAAUUUAUCUUGUGAAAUGAAGCACCCUCUCCGUGCUGUCGUGGUUCCAAGAUAUGCAUGAUCGUGUGUUCAACGUCUCGUUCAGUGUUAAAGGGCUUUGCCUGAAUAUGCUACGUUAUUUUUGUGGUUAAGUUCUUAUAAUAUAGGUGUAUAUUUAGUGAAAAAUAAAGUUGAUGGACUUAAUGGUAAGUUU